GCCUCUGUCCCUUGGGACAGCCUCUGUCUCUCUCUCUGUCUGUCUCCCUAUCCCAGGCUUGUCCGCUGGGCUCCUGCAGGUAUGAGGGGUAAAUUGGGGUAAUCCAGGUGCCCCUCACCCAACUCUCUGACCUUGAACAUGUCAAACUAUCCCCCGGAUCCAGUCCAACCACUGGCGCUUCAACUGGCAGACCACACUCCAGAUUUGUCAUCACAGGAGGGACCUUCAACAUCUGAGGGAUUGAAGACAGAGCCGGACCACAGGGCAGAACAGGCAGAAGGGUGCCCAGUGUGUGGAGACAGAGUCUCUGGAUACCACUAUGGGCUUCUCACCUGUGAGAGUUGCAAGGGCUUCUUCAAGCGCUCUGUGCAGAAUAACAAGCAUUACACAUGCGCAGAGAGACAGAGCUGUCCCAUGGACCCCGCCCAGAGGAAGAGGUGCCCCUUCUGCAGAUUUCAGAAGUGUCUGGCUGUAGGCAUGAAGAGAGAGGCUGUUCGACCAGAUAGAAUGAGGGGUGGAAGAAACAAAUUUGGACCACUGUAUCGCCGGGACAGACAGCUGAAACAGCAGAGGGCAGUUCACCAUCAGUCAAACACUGCCCCCUACAGGAUCAAACUAGAGGGAACACAAGCACAAAUGCAAAGUCCGCCACAUUACCAUCAUCUCCUGCCCAGUCCCUCAUCAGCUUCCGUCAGCUCUGAUCCAUUUCACCAAUCACAGCCCCUGGCUCACAAUAUGGGCCAAUCAGAGAUCCCCAUGAUCCUGGACUGCACUAUGAACAGAGACAGAGGGCUGGCUGCCCCACCUCUCCCUUAUCCCGGAUUGUACCAUCAUUCCUUCCAUGGAUCCCAUGAGAAGAGAGAGAUCCCUUUCAGCUACAGCCCACCCUCAGUGACGCCUAGUCCAGUAACACCUCAUGCUUUUUCCCCUCCUGUGCCAACACCAACUACAACACCAACACUAACGCCAAGCUCAACUCCAAAUUCAACACCAACCCCAAGCUCUACCCCAGGACCCUCCUCUUCUGUCCUCGCACAGCUUCUCCAGGGGGAGCCCGAUGAGGCUCAACUCUGUGCCCGAGUGUUGGCCAGUCUGCAGAGAGAACAAGCCAGUCGAGGAAAACACGAUCGCCUCAACACCUUCAGCAUAAUGUGCAAAAUGGCAGAUCAAACCUUGUUUGGACUCGUGGAAUGGGCACGUAACAGCACACUGUUUAAAGAGCUCAAGGUGGAGGACCAGAUGGUUCUGCUGCAGAGCUGCUGGAGUGAGCUUCUUGUUCUGGAUCACCUGUGCAGACAGGUGGCUUAUGGGAAAGAUGGCAGCAUUUACCUGGUGACUGGACAACAGAUUGAAGUAUCGACAGUUCUUUCCCAAGCUGGGGCUACUUUGAGUAGUUUAGUCUCCAGGGCUCAAGAUCUUGUGUCCAAACUCAGGUCACUUCAUCUGGAUAGGGAAGAAUUUGUGUGCCUGAAAUAUCUCGUUCUCUUCAACCCAGAUGUGAAGUCACUACAGGAACGUGGGCAGGUUGAACGGACACAGGAGAGGGUGAAUCGGGCUCUGAUGGAACACACUCUACAGACUCACCCUGGACAAUCAGACAAGUUUGGCCAGCUGCUACUCCGUCUUCCUGAAGUGCGCAGUAUUAGUUUGCAGGUGGAGGAGUACCUGUACCAGCGCCACCUGCUGGGCGAUCUGCCCUGUAACUCAUUGCUCACCGAAAUGCUGCAUGCCAAGCAGACCUAAGGCAUACAGACUGUCUUUGCACAAACGAAGACGACAGCUGCAGAUCAUUUCUUAAGCAAAAGUUAUUUUUUAUGGUGAUGAUGCUAUCUGAAAGCGUACUUACAGUUUAUGGAUUUUUGGAAAUCCUAUAUCAGAUAGAAACUGUUUGUUGUGUACAUUUUUUUAACAGAGCCACAUUUCUUCUCUCCCCCUUAUCACUUAAAUGAAACCUCUCCAUUUGCCCAGCGCAUUUGGAUGAGGGUUCCAGGAGAAACAUAGGAUAUGUGGUGUAGAAAAGUGAAUUUACUGUCUUGCCACAGGUUUUGUGUGUCUCUCAUGACCACCUACUCUGAAAGAUAACUGCCAUGUGGUUAUAAUGCGGGACUAUGGAUCACAGACAAAUGAGUAGGAGUCCAUUCAGAGAGAAUAUUGGAGGAAAUGAAAUACUCCCACAUACAGGCAGCUCUCACACAGCCAAGUCCCAGUCCCAGUUUUGCACUCUAGUUUGUAAUUAAAAGGUUAUAACAUGCAAAGACUAUUAGUGAGAAUGUGAGUUUACCUUAUAGACACGUAUAGAUUUGAGCCUGUGUACACUGUACCUUUAAAUAAGGUGAUCACACAUGUAAAAACCAUGCUUCAUCAUUCAUUUUGUGAGUACAAAAUAAAAAGGAGAAAUUAAUAUGGAUUAGAUAAAAAAGAAUAAACACGCUCAUGCACAACGAGUUGA